GAAAGUUCAACAGUUAUGCAAACAAACAUAUAUAAGAGUACUAUAAGAAUGGAAGAUGACCAUGAUCAUAUGCAUAUCCAUAUUUACAUGAUGUGUUGGUUAUUGUUAAUCACUUUGCCACACUCUCAGAGUGAAUCAAGUGCCACUUUUGAUUAUUCAGUUUGCAAGAAGCAGUCUUACAACUGUGGAAAUCUGUCCAACAUCUUCUACCCUUUCUGGGGACACAAUCGAUCUUCUGAAUGUGGCAGUGGCGAUCCUUUCAAACUCACCUGCAAUCAUGAUCACAACACUACUUCAAUUCGAAUUGCCUCCGAAAACUUCACAGUGAAGGAGAUCAACAACACUGCUCACACCAUGAAACUGGUGCCAGCAGACACUGUUACGAAUCUCUGCUCUCCGCAAUCUGAGAAUGGAAAUGAGAGCCACACUGGUUUGUUCCAGGAUUCUCCUUCAGUGCAAAAGAUUAUCAUAUUCUACUAUUGUCCCCGCAUCAGAACUUUCUCUUAUGGACACUUUAUGUGUGGAGAUGAUAUCGCUUAUUAUGCACUGGAUUAUGAUAGGAUUGUCGUUGAUUAUCCACAACUUCUAAGUUGCAAGCGAAGUUUACACACGUGGAGUGAUGCUCAGUUGAAUUUUUCUGUUGCUUUGGAGAAAGUUCUCAAUGAAGGGUUUGUGGUGAACUAUAAUGUUUCUCGAGUUUGCCAAAGAUGUUUGGGAAGUGAAGGGCGUUGCUGGAGAGAUGAUAUUGAAAAACAUGUGGUGAAUUCUUGCUACUAUUGCCAAAAUGGUUCUCAUGGCCUACACUGUUCUCCUAGUCCUGUCAAAACCACCACAAGCAGUACUGUCGCAGUUGCAGGCAAAAAAGGGAACAAAAAGAUGAAAUUCAUUAUUAUAGGUGUUACAGGUGUAGCAAUUGCAACUGUGAUGAUAUGUAUAGCAAUUUUCUGUCUAAGAUACAAGUCACCAAUCUUGCAAGGACAUUUUGGGUUGACUUCAAAAGCUAAUAGAGAUAUUGAAGCAUUCCUUAAAAAUCAUGGAGCUCAAACUCUAAAAAGAUACAAAUUUUCAGAAGUGAAGAAAAUGACCAACUCCUUCAAAGUAAAACUAGGUGAAGGUAGUUUUGGUGCCGUAUACAAGGGAGAGAUACUCAAUGGUUGUCCUGUGGCCAUAAAGAAACUGAGUGCAUCCAAAGGAAAUGGUGAAGACUUUAUCAACGAAGUUGCCAGUAUCAGUAGAACUUCUCAUGUUAAUGUUGUUCAGCUUCUUGGAUUCUGUUUGGAAGGCAGCAAUAAAGCUCUCAUUUAUGAAUAUAUGUCUAAUGGUUCUCUUGACAAGUUUAUUUACAAUAAGGGAGUCAAAGCCAUUCCAUCGUUGAGUUGGGAUAAUUUGUGGCAAAUUGCCAAAGGGAUAGCUCAAGGACUAGAAUACUUGCACAAGGGAUGCAACACUCGCAUUUUACAUUUUGACAUAAAACCACACAACAUACUUCUGGAUGAAAGUUUUUGUCCCAAGAUAUCAGAUUUUGGACUGGCAAAGCUUUGUCCCAUGAAAGAGAGCACUAUUUUCAUGUCAGAUCAAAGAGGAACAAUAGGGUAUAAAGCUCCAGAAGUGUGGAACAGACAUCUUGGUGGAGUUUCACACAAAUCUGAUGUUUACAGUUAUGGAAUGAUGCUGCUAGAAAUGGUGGGAGGGAGAAGAAACAUUAAUGCAGAUGCCAAUCACCGAAGUGAGAUAUACUUCCCACACUGGGCAUACAACAGGCUAAAGCAGGGUAGAGAAUUGAGAGCUGAUUGGGUGAUAACCACAAAAGAACAGGAAAUAGCGAGGAGAAUGACCAUAGUGGGAUUAUGGUGUGUUCAAACGAUUCCACAUGAUAGGCCUACAAUGAGUAGAGUAAUAGAUAUGCUGGAAGCCAACAUGAAUUCCUUGCAAAUGCCUCCAAAACCUGAUCAUUCUUCUCCCAUCAGUUGAAGUAAUUUUCUUAACAUUUUCGGUUGAUAUUCUAUACUUCUGUAAAAUGAAUAGUUCAACAUAGUUAUUCUAUGCUUUUGAAACCGAGCUGGUUUCAUACUUGUAUCAAAUUAUUGAAUAGCAAAUGCUUGUGUCAGAACAAACUGUGUUAUGCAUAUAGCCAAGAGUCAUGGUCAGAUAAAGUUGUCAUUGUAGUAAGAUCAAAGUAGUUUA